AGUAACGAGAAUUGAUACUUCACGCUUUCCGUAGCAGGUUUUUUUUUUCUCUGUCAACAUGGCUACCAUCAGGAGCGGGGUGAUUCCGGGUUGUUUAGCACGAUGUUUUCUUAGGCAGACUGGAAGACCGAGCCGAGGCAACUACCCUUUAUCAGACGUUUGGAAUCACCGGUUGCUCCAGAGGUCUCAUCUGCACACUGUGAUCGAGUGCCGCGGUCCUGCCAUCAGGACUCUGCUGGGCCACAGACAUCAUGGGAAGUUCAUCUGGGUGAAUGCAGUGGCGGUCAGACACAACAGCUCACAGAUCCCCCCUAAGGAUGCGUCCACAGCACCUCCAGUGGUGGGAGCUCCUGACAGUCGUCCCGUCCUGGAGGCCUCCGUCUCUCUGCCCACUGACCCAUCCCCCAUCAUCACACAACCAGCAACUGAACAGAUCACCUUUGAAACCGUUUCCGUGGUAGUUCCAGCAGCAGACAGCUCUGCUCCUCAUCCAGUCUUGGGUUCUUCCCCUGAGCUUGUGUCCGCUGACCCCACCCCUGUUUUAACGCAGCCACUCAUUGAGCAGGUGGCUGAUGCAGCACCGACUGCAGUGGAGGUCCUGCAGGCUGUGACCGCAGAACCCCGAUUAACAGAGCUGGGAUUGGGCGCUUACACACCAGUGGGACUGAUCCAGAACUUGUUAGACUUCAUGCACUUGGAUCUCGGUUUUCCCUGGUGGGGGGCCAUCGUUGCAGGAACUGUGUUGGCUCGUUUGGUUGUGUUCCCAGCCAUUGUCAAAGGCCAGAGGGAGGCGGUCAAGCUGAACAAUGUGCUGCCUGAAAUGACCAAACUCACCAACAGGAUGACUGAGGCCAAACAGAGUGGAAACAAAUUUGAAUUCUCCAAAGCCUACUCUGAACUGACCUUGUUCCAGAAGAAGCAUGAUGUGAAUCCUUUUCGUGGCUUCCUGAUUCCUUUGGUGCAGGCUCCAGUCUUCAUCUCCUUCUUCAUUGCACUGCGGCAGAUGUCAUAUCUGCCGGUGCCCAGCAUGCAGACAGGAGGUGUGCUCUGGUUUCCAGACCUGACAAUAGCAGAUCCUUUUUAUAUUCUCCCUUUGGCUGUCACUGGAACCAUGUUCUUCAUCCUCGAGUUGGGGGCAGAGUCUGGUAUCGACAACCCCAAUCUGCGAGUCAUGAAGACGGUGUUCAGGAUCAUGCCUUUAGUCAUCCUCCCCCUCACUAUCAACUUCCCCACGGCGGUGUUUACCUAUUGGCUGACCUCUAACUCUUUCUCCCUGGCUCAAGUCGCCCUGCUCAGACACCCUCUGGUCAGAGAGAGGCUGAGCAUCCCAGAGAGGGUCCAACACCCGGCUUCCGCCCUGCCCCAAAAUGAAGGCUUUAUUGCAAGCGUUCGGAAGGGCUGGAAGAACGCUCAGCUGGCCCAGCAGCUGAAUGAGAGGGAACGGAGGAUCAAAGAUCACUUGGACCUCGCCGCUAGAGGUCCGCUGAGGCAAACUUUUACCCACAAUCCCCUGCAGCAGACUCCUCCUAUGGCCGCAGCAGCAGCUAAAGACAAGUCAGACUCUGGCAAGGUGAGGCCAUGGAAGGACACAGUUGUUUAGUCUGACUGGUUCACAACUGGGAAGCAUAAAGAAUUAUGUACAUAGUCAUAGAUGGAAGAGUGAAGUUGGCAAGGGUUGUGAUUAUGUGUGCAUUAUUCUAAUUAAAGUGUAAUAUCUGCCUCAUAACAACCACA